AUGUCGGCGAAAGAAUACUACGGAGCACCAAGUGGUGCACCACCGGGCCAUAACGGUGGCAAUUAUUCGGCUCCUAAUGGGCCACCACCAAACUUUCAAAAUCAGCAACAAGGAUACUCAGAUCAACAAGAACGUGGAUGGGGUGGUGGCCAUCAGCAAGGUGGCUAUCAACAACAAGGUUAUAAUGCUUAUCCUCCACAACAGCAACAAUACGGCUACCCCCCACAACAAGGUGGCUACUAUCAAGCACAACAACCAAUGUAUGUCCAACAGCAAUCUUCAAGUGGUGGCGGACAAUCAUGUUUAAUGGCAUGCUUGGCAGCAUUAUGUAUCUGUUGCACAUUAGAUGCUAUCUUUUAA